AUGAGGUUUCUCUCUUGUCCAAUGACUGAUUUAGUGCUGAAAAUUGGGUCAAAUGAAGGGAAGAGAUUCCAGAUAGAGAAGUGGGUACCCGAGGAGAAGUUGGUACCCUAUAAGGAAUGGUUGCCAGACGAUCCUCCCUACGUCACCGAGUACACCACUCACGUCUUCCACUCUGAAAACCUAGUUUUCACAUCGAAAAAUUGGGUGAUCUACCUAUCCGACUUAUUCAAUGUUCCCCUGAAAACGAUCCAUCUUGACUGUGAUCUAUAUGAAGAAGAAGAAAUCGAUAGUGUGAUGGAAUUGAUAUCAGAAGAGAAUAGAAUAGAGAUUUUCGAAAUCAAGAGUGAAAAAUCGAUAAACGACCGUCUGGCACUUUCAAUAAUCAAUCGUCAGAAUGCCACGUUGCAGCUGAAAUUGUUGUUCGAGCCUCGUGAUGGUGACACAUUUCAAUUUGACUUCUUCAGACACUCUCCCCAAUUUUUGAACGUUGAUCACUCCUACUGGAUCUCACUGGAACAACUCAUCGGUAUCCCGUCGGAAAACGUCUAUCUGUGUAGAUCAAAUCUGUCGAACAGGGAUUUCGGACGGCUUGUUGAGAUGUGGAGAGAGGGUUGGACACCGGCGUGGAAGUGUUUAAUGUUGGAGUCACUGGACGAAUUGGAUGUCGAUUCGUAUGUUCAAGGAUUGAAAAGCGAACACAUGAUUUCUUAUGAGCACCAUUAUAGGAACGCUAUUUUGAGCAACAAAUCAAUCCAAGUUCAUCGGUUUCGACACGAAGUGCUCGUUGCAUCAGGAAACACCAUCAGAACUGGUUAUCAUCUUGUCAGGGAAAGUGAUGAGUCUAUCGUGACAAUUACACAAGAAAAUGGGAGAAUCGGAUGGUUUCAUAUACAGAGGGACGAUCCAACAGCCAGUUUCCAUUUUCGAAUUCAUCCAAGAGCUUUUGAACUGAAUUAA